AUGACCCUUAUUAAAGAGCCAAACCCGGAGCCGGUGAACAUCGCCGACGUCCACAAGAUUGCGAAGGAGAAGCUCGCCAAGCCAGUAUGGGAUUACUACCAGACCGGCGCCGAUGACGAGUACACACUUGCGCGCAAUCAUGAAGCCUUCAAUGACAUCCUCCUCCGACCUCAAAUGCUCCGCAACGUGAGCGACAUUGAUACCUCGACCACCAUUUUUGGCAAACGCUACGCUAUCCCCAUCGCCAUCGCCCCGAGCGCCUACCAAAAACUCGUCGGCGGAGAGGGUGAGCUCGACGUCGCCCGCGCCGCAUUCAACCUCGGAACCAACCUCACGCUGUCAAGCAACGCGACAACGUCCCUCGAAGAUGUCUCCGCAGCGAUCCCUCAGCGCGGCCCCGAUUACCCUCGUCCCUGGUUCCAGCUCUACUUUCUCGGCAGCCGCGACCUCACGGCAAAGCUGAUCAAGAGGGCCGAGAACGCAGGCUACGAGGCCCUCGUCCUGACUGUCGACACAGUAAUCUUGGGCAACCGCUUGCAAGAACGGAGAACGCCGCUGGAGCUGCCACCGGGAAUCGCAAUGGCCAACGUGGAGUCGCGCAAGUCGGGCGCCAUUUCCACAGCCGGCCUGCUCUUGCGUGCCAAGACAAUGGCGGAGUACAAGAAGAUCCAAGAAGAGAACCACGAUCAUCUCGUCAACGCCAGCUUGGAGUGGAACGAGGUCAUUCCUUGGCUACGGUCGCAAACCAAGAUGAAGAUUGUCCUCAAGGGCAUCUUAACGGCAGAAGAUGCUCAGAGAUCGGUAGAGGCUGGUGUAGACGCCAUUGUUGUGUCGAACCACGGUGGCCGCCAACUUGAUGGCGUACCGUCGACUAUCGAAGCGUUGCCUGAGAUCACAGAUGCCGUGCGAGGCAGGAUCCCGGUGAUUGUUGAUGGUGGCAUCACGCGGGGAACUGAUGUGUUCAAAGCCCUUGCCCUCGGCGCCGACCUCGUUCUCAUUGGCAGGACUGCGUUGUGGGGAUUGGCGUGGGAUGGUCAGAAGGGAGUCGAGGGCGUUCUCAAUAUCCUCGAGAGAGAGUUGACGAGGGCAAUGGCGCUCAUGGGAACACCAAAACUAAAGGACAUCUCACGAGGUCUGCUCGGACGGGCUAAGCAGAACGGGUUUGGAGUCGCGAAGUUGUAG